GUUUUUUUUUUUCAUUCAUGUUUUUUUGUUGUUGUUGCUUGCUUGUGUGAGCAUGUGGAAUUUGAACUCGACAAACUUUUCGGAUUUCAAUAUGGCUCCAUUGUGUCUGUUUUGAAUGUUCUUAGAUUAUUCUCACAUCAAUGCAUCGUCCUGUUUUACGGAGCACUCUGUUGUUGCUGUUGUAGUGGUAGUUUUUGUUUUUGUCAGCUAUUUCUCUUGAUCCCUGGCCUUUGUUUUAGCCGGCAAAUACGCAUAUCAGUUACCUUUUUUGUACGUAUAAUUUUUGGAAUCGCAAAAUAUGAUGAGAAAAUAUUACGAUAUUCGUUCAGAUUCUCUCUUUCUCGUUGUGUGUUGUUGUUUUAAUUUGCGACAUUACCGGUACUUUGCUUUUGGUACGUAAAUGACACCGUGCAUAUCCUUUUUCUCACAUGUCUUGCGAUCAUUGUUUAUUUAAAUGAAUUUUCACAACAUUAAACAAUCUCCGAAAAAAAAAAACGACAAACAAAAAAUAUUUAAUGGAUGAUUUGAUAUCCAUUGAAUUAUAAAAAUAAAGCGAGAGAAGCUGCAGCGAGUGAAAAAAAAAGAUGAAUAAAGAAUGAGCAAAGAACAAAAAAGGUGCCGACAUGGUUGAAUGAAUACACGUAUAUGCUGAUGCAAACCAUGAUGCAGAAGAAGAAGAAAAAACUGUCGAACGGAAGGAAUCUUUGCGCAUUCAUAGAGAAAAUCGUACUCGGUUUGUCAUCGCUUCGAAAUUGAUCGACGCGCGGCAGCACAGAGCGAUUGACCGUUAAGAAGAUUAACAUUCUCCAAACAAACAUUUCAAGCCUUUUCUUUUUUUCUUUUCAAAUACCAAACCGACGAAACUUAAAAAUGAAUUUGAUUCGAGUGCUGCGUUUCAUUUCAACUGUAAAGCUAAUUAUGUGAGUGUAUAUAGCUGGGCAGCCUUUCAAAUUCAACGAAAAAACUUGUUCAUAAUAAUAAUGAUAUCGAGGCAUGAGCAUGUGUCAUAAGUAAGCGUAAGAGCCAAAUAAUUAAAUGGUUGAAAUAAAGUCAUUACUCCUAAUAAACGAUGCAAUUGGCACGAAAAAAUCAUAAAUAAAUGAAUUAAAAGUGUCGCUCUACUCACUACAGCCUACACACAUAAUUACUCACGAUUGCUUUGAAUCAAGUCUGCAUGAAAUAUAGACAUUUUUGUUGCUCUCUCUUUCUCUCGCUCAUGCUCUGUCUCUGGCUCUUGGAAUUUGUGAAUGACGAGAAAAAAAAAACACUCCAUUUCGUCAAGCCAAUAAAUUCUUCACACUUUUUUCGAUCGCACAUAUGUUACAGCGAUACGAACACACAAAAAAAGUGUUGUAAAUGUAUGUGCGCACAUAUCGGGCAUAUGCCAAAAUAGGCAAAAACGGUCUUGAUGGCGAACGAACAGGAAAAAAAAAUGUGAGGACAACAACAAUAACAACUCGAGCAACGAGCAAAAUAACAAAACGGAAUGAAUGAACCAAAGUUAAGCAUUGGGCAUUGUGUGACGGUUGAGAGCAGAGCCGUCAAAUAGUCUAGCAGAUGAUGAUCAGCGACUAACACACAGCAACAACAGCGAUACAGUACUCAUUAAUUAACAAUUAUGAUAUACGGUUGAUAAGAGCGACAAUGUGUCUGUACUCUCGGUUCGGCAAACCCAAUAAAAACCGCCAUGCAUUCCGCACCAUAGAGGCAUUAUGUCGUCUUUUUUCUCCUUUGCGCGCUGCUGUGAGUCGAACAAUCUUUGGUAGGAAAAGAAUACAUCAAAAAGGUCUUGUUUACUUUUCGCUCAAUAAAAUAUGGCAACGAUUUUAUAAGGUGACAGAUACAUACAGUGCUACAAUGCUGAAAAACGCAAACUUAUCGAUACUACUCAAUCGACCGACCGAUUGACGUAUGGAUGUUUGAACAUUACCAUUUCGUUGGACGGUGCAAAUUUAUUGGAAACAAAAAGUUGUGACAGCGACAACAGGCUUAGGCGAAAUGAGGCAAUUUUACAAUAAAAUGUUAAUUUGUGGAACACAGCCUCGACUGUGUAAGUAACACUGUGUCUAUCUCUCUGUGUCUGUGUGUGCGAGUGCGAGUGAGAGAAAAUGUCUUUCUUUCAUUUAUGCAUUCUUGGUCAUACUUCGUAUCUUGUGUCUCCUCUCUCCGCUCGAUCCCAUCGUCUCAAAUAUCACGGUUGAUUUGAAAUUGUUUAUGAGACUCUGUCGAAUUUGCGAAAUUUCUUCCUACUCGCUUCACAACGCCGCACAUUUUGUUUGACACUCUAGUCGAGAUUCUUGCGUACAACCGCGUGUAAUGAAUUUAAUUUCUGUGGGUGUGAAUUAUCACGACACGAUAAUAAAGAGAUAUGGACCGAAUACGAAUCGAGAUGAGAAAAAAAAACCGGAUGAGCUGAUGAAUUGCACGACGAAAAAGAAUCGUCUCGCUUCUCGGUAUAAUCAUCUAGCUUUGCGCAUUGCUGUCGAUUCGGUGAAUGUUUUCAAUUAAAAAUGUAAGAAUUUAUACGAACAUUCAACGCCGUACAAUCUUCACGCAUGCAAUAAAUGCUGCAGAAAAAUCGCGCGCACGCACAUACACACCGUGAACCUCUUGAACAUAAAUUGCGCAGGACAGCGAGUGCUUACAUGAAGAAAUAAUCACUUUUUUUUUCAUAUUUUCUCGAUUUAAAGGGAAAAUCAGCAAUCAUAAAAAAAUAUUCUACGUUCAUAAACGUGUUUUGCUAGUUGAACAGUUUGACGUUGAGUUUUGAUAUCGAAAAAAACGCACUCAAUCAAUUUAUGUGUGGUUCGUAUUUCGUUGACUUUGCAUACAUACGUGUUUUGCAGUAAAGGAUAAAUAAAAUGGACGAAAAAAAACGUGAUAAAAUAAAUGAAAAUAUGAAAUAGAAUUUCGAAAAAAAAAAAGACUUAUACAACAGCCAUGCGCUAUACACCUGAUUGAUACAUGCGGCUCAUGAACAACGAAAAAGUGAUUAUAUGAAGAAAGAAAGAAGGUAAGGUGGAAGGCGAAAAAAAAAAACAAAUCUAUUUGUAACUGUACAAACAGUGUAGUUUGAAAGAGAGCUAGCUCUCUUGCAUUGUAGACAAGUUUGCAUAAUACUUGAAUUAAUUUAAAUUGAUAGCGAAUAGAGCGCAGUGCAACACUCUCUCUCUCUCUCCCUUUGCGAAAGAAGAGAAAAAAAAACAGUUCACCUACAUUCGCUGCUGGUAUAAUCGAAAAACGAUACACGAAUUUUGCAUUUCGCACCGUCUUCGCUAGAGUUGCAAAAACAAACGACAACAACAACAACAAAAAUGUGAUUUUUUUCUGUAUUCAAAGUCAUGAGCGAGAAGAGAGAGAAAUGUUCACAUCACAUCAAAAGCACACCACUAUGGAAGCAUCCAGACAAUAAUAAUAAUAUGAAAGUGUUUAACAUCGAUAUAUUAUCGAUGAAAUGACAACUGACCCUAUUGAAACGACGAUAGAACUGACAUACGUACGAGCAUAAAACUCUAUGAGCAACAUCACACAAACGUAUUAUGCAUAGAUCUGCUGUGUGUGUAUCGGUGUGUGCUGCAUUGAAGCAAGUGGCAUGUAUGCAAAUGUUAUAGUGGAUGCUGUCCCAUUGAUCGUGAUGUAUAUAUAUGUGUGUGUGUGUGUAUUUGUGCGUGUGUUGAGAGAUGGGUGUAUGUGACUGACUGGUUUGUUCGAUAGUUUGUCACAAAGGAGACACAAUCGAACUUAAAUUGCGAGUAUAUUCACCAAAAUAUUUAAAACCAUUACCGUUCGAUCAUUAUUAUUAUCAUCUUGAACAUACAGUUCAGUGUUUAUGUGAAUUGUGACAUUUAACUACACUCAUACAGGUGAGUGAUGCAGUACAAGUGUGACAGAAAACGGUGGCACUGCUAUAUAACAUUUGGACAGACUACAGCAGCAGCAGCAGUAGCAACAACAACAACAACGACUACUACAACAACGGCAGCAGCACCAGCAACCAACCACCAUCACAUCGUAUCGUAACGCAGACAACAUGCAUUUUUUGACAUAACAUUUUUUUUUUAAAUGAUUGUGGACUUUAAACACACUUCAAAAAUUUGAAUGCAACCAUAUUUUUUGUCGUAUGUGAGUGAGUAAAUAGUUUCCAGUUUGUUCGUAUUACAUGAAUAAUCCGAAUAAAUGAACCGCAAAAAUGAAUCAAUAAACAGAAACCAACAAAAAACAACGAAACGCAUGAAAAACCAAAACCUUCCAUAGUUAAAUUUCAGUGAGACAAAGAGCGAUCAAGAGAAGAAAAAAAAAAAGAAGUGUAUUGCAAAGUGUCGAUUAAAAGUUUCCAGCACAAUUCAAGGAUUAUCUUUUUUGAUUAAAGCAUCGAAUAAUCACACAAGCUCUGUCGGCGGUGGCUCAAAAAACACAUUUAUACCUAUUGAUUUACCGAAUAUGGCCAGCGAUAACAACGAAUGAAUAAAUUUACGUGUUUUACAUUGUUCUUUUGACUUGCGACCAGAAAACCAAGUUUAGUUUAUGUGUGUUUUCGGUGAAACAAAAAUUGCUCAUCGAAACCGCGCAAAUUUGUAUGUAUUUCGCUUUCGUUUUUGUGUUGUGUUGUUUCUUAAAUAUCAAGUGCAUCACUAUCGUCACUAUCAGAGAGACGUACCCAAUAUCAGAGAGCCAAUAACGGCGACUGCUGCAUGAAAUGCAGCGUGUGUUUUGAAAGAAGAAGUGAGAGAGAGAGAGAGAGAGAGAGAGAGAGAAAAAAAAACACACACAAAACGGCUCUCGAAGAGAAUAAAUGUGAAAGCUGAAAAAACAAAACCAUUUAGUGGCAGUGUGAACAAGUUGAAAUAGAGUUGCGAUUUAGCCGCCUCUUGUUGGCUGUUGAACGUCUCUCUUCGCGUUCCAAUAUCUAUAUGUAUCUCUCAGUGUACGUUAAUUUGUAUAUGAAUCGGUGUAUUUUGACUGUUGUCCGGUAUUCCAUGAGCCACGAUCAAUUUUCUUCUUCUUCAAUAUCAUCAACGGUUUGAAUGUAUGCAUGCUCGCAUGCUGUGCCACAAUAGUGAAUGUUGUUUUUUUCGUCACAUUCCAUAUUGAAUAUAUUCGUUCGAUUGCGAUUAAAAAAAAAAACGUCGACCGAAAAAAAUAAUAAUCUUUUUAUUGACCAGAACUACUCAAAUUGUGUGACAUAGUACAUGUGGAGAGUAUGGAAAGACGUACCAAGCCAUUUUUAUCGAGUGCAUAAUAUGCACAUUAUUAGCAUAUUUCUGUAUACGUGGUGUUCGAGUGCAAGACAAAAAUACAAUACGAAAAAAUUAGUUCAACUUGUCAUUUGGUGUCAAUGGUUAAAAAAAAAUGGGAAUUUAUCCAAAUUUUAAGGAAUACGACCGUUUAACAUGAAACUGUCAGUAUUCAAGUGGACAAAGUCGAAAUUGAUUUCCGUGCAAGGAAACAAAUUGCUACUAAAUCUUCGAUAUAUGACCACGAGUUGUGCUUAUCCAAAUUAUCCAUUGAAUUUAACAUUUCAAUUAGUGACAUGAAAAAAAAAGUCUCUUUCAACGCACUCGUUUGUAAAUCGCAUCGAAAAAAGAGAACGAUCUUUUUCAAGUGAAACACAACAAAUCGAAUUGUUAAUAAAAAAAAAAAUUGCAUUAAAAUCUGAAGUGAACAUUAAAACAACCGUCAAAACUAAGUGCUAGCACACAUAAACCGAAUUUCUGCUGAACGAACCCAAUAAAGAAUUGAAUUAUAGUUUUGUCGCGAGAGUUGGAAAACAACGCCACCAAUUGUGCUGUGACAUUGUAAUAACUUUCUUGCCACGGUUGAUGAUAUCAUUUCGUGCGAACGAUCAACGAACAAGUUGAGGAACCAAAUCAAGAAUUUGCAUCUGUUUUGGCUGCAUUUUAUGUAUUUCUACGCCAUAAAAUUAAAAGGUGCAAGCGACCAUGCAGAUGUAUAUUUAUAUAAUUGCCAUGCUGGUGACUUUACAGCCCUUUGUACAAGUUGCUGGCAUAGACACAACAACAACACCAGCCACAAUACACACAACAACGGCAAGUGCAACACAGCAAACAGACAGCGCUAAGCAAACACAUUUAGACAGUAGUAGUUUAACAAAUAGCGAUAGUAAACAACAAAUACACGAAAAUGACGUGAUCGAUCCGCCACCGUCACUGUCGUCGUCGCCGUCGCCGAGUGUAGCGAUGGAUCACGAUACAAUAAUCAAAGUCGAACAAAAUUUGCUCAGCUUAUUUGGACGAUCAAAACGACCGAAGCCCAUCGAUCGAUCGAAAGUUGUGAUUCCUGAAUCAUUAAAAUUACUCUAUUCCGAGAUAAUGGGCGAUGAGCUGAGAGAAACGGUGAAUUUACCAAAACCAGGACUGCAUGCUAAAUCAUCAAAUACAGUGCGAAGUUUUACGCAUGAAGAAAGUAAAAUCGACGAGCGAUUUACGCAUCAUCACCGUUUUCGUCUCUAUUUCAAUGUAUCGACGAUACCGAAAGCGGAAAAAUUGAAAGCAGCCGAAUUGGAAAUUCAGCGCGAUCCAAUCAUCGAUGGAGACAAUUUGCGGCACAAAGUUCUAGUAUAUGACAUUGUACGGCCGGGUAUUAAGGGCAAAACUGAACCCAUUUUGUAUUUGAUCGAUACGAAAACCGUUCAAAUCAACACAUCCGACACGAUUAGUUUGGAUGUGUUGCCGGCAGUUGAUCGUUGGCUUCAAAAUCCAAAAGAAAACUAUGGCAUUCUGGUGCAAGUGGUGAUUGGUCAUCAAAAUCUACCACCCGCUCAUCGACACGUUCGACUUCGAAGGAGCGUCGACGAAAAAGAAAAUGAAUGGGCUAAAAUGCAACCAUUCUUGAUGACCUACACCGAUGAUGGUCGCUACAAGCAACGAGUAAUCCGGGAUUUGAAAACAAAUCGAGGCCGAAGGACGCCGCAUCGACGAAACAACAAACGACGUGGUGAAGGCCGUGAAUUGUGCCAACGAAAACCGCUUUACGUUGAUUUCAGCAAUGUCGGCUGGGACGAUUGGAUUGUUACGCCAAACGGUUACGAUGCAUACUAUUGUCAUGGUGAAUGCCGUUUCCCAUUUGCCGAUCAUUUAAACACAACGAACCAUGCGGUCGUCCAAACAUUAGUGAAUUCAAUAAAUAGCGAUUUAGCGCCCAAAGCCUGCUGUAUACCAACACAAUUGAAACCAAUAUCAAUGUUGUAUCUGGAUGAUCAGAAUAAAGUCGUUCUGAAGAGUUACCAAGAUAUGGUAGUGGUUGGUUGCGGAUGCCGGUGAAAUUUCGCUUGAUUUGCGUUUGAUUGACUUUUAAUAGCACAUCGAACUGAAAAAAACAACGAAAAACAAAGACAAAAUUUAAACCAAAUUGAGGAAAACAUAUCCCAUUCACUCAACACCACAAGUCAACAAUGGAAUUUUAUUGUUUUUCUCACUCACACACUCUCUCACUCUCACUCACUCCACAUGCUUUGCUCGCUCUUGCUCUAUCUCUCUCUUCGAGCAUGAGAUCCGCAAAUCGAUAUUCGCACAUCUAUCUCAAUUUCGUUUAUAAAACGUUUGCAAACACACGUUUUCAUCAAACACACAAGCCAUAAAACAAUGCGUGAUACCAAAUUUAUUUUAUGGAAUAAACGUUAACUGGCGUCUUGGAUGGAUGAAAUGUGCCGUGUUUGAAUUUCCGUUCACCUGACAUUUUGGUAUUUAUAUAUGAAUAGUAUAAAUAGAUUGCUAAUUGUCACACACACACAUACACAAAACAUUAACACACAAAACUCAUGCACACAUACACAAACACCACCGUGAUGAGUAGAGUGAAGACCUAUGCAUUUGAAAGCCAACAGGAGAUGUGAAGAAAAACCGAUAGAAUUGUAUCACUUAAUAGUGUCGCAAAUAUGAAUAGAAAGAGAAAAAAAAAAACAAAAUACUUCUACGCACACAUACACACAAUAUAUCACAUGUGUGCGUGUGUGUGUGUGCAAGCAAAAAAAAGAGUAAAAUCGAAACGACAUAAAAAUGACCCAUGUCUACUGUGUAGCUUUGUAACCAAAUCGGCUCAGCCAAAUAAUUAAUUAAUGUUAGCACUUACGCAAAUAUGAAUCGUCCAUGGGGACGAAUUCGAAUCAUUGUAAUUCUUUUUUCUCUGAAUUGAUAUGUUAAAUACUGAGUCAUUUCAAUAAAUAUAUUCCGAAGAAAUUCAUUGCAUCAAGUAAGAACACGAGAACCUACCUUUUUUUUUCGCUGAACAAACGAUUCGCCAAUAUUCGAUACUUUGAUUGAAAGAGAAUGGCUUUUCUAAAUAACAAAUAUGUUAUUGUCAUAGUUGUGAUUUAAAAAAAAGUAUCUGAAUUUAAGGUAAAAAGAAGUUUUCAUCGACAAGAACAAUUCGUGAAGCUCCAAAUUUGAAAGAAGAAAACUGACUUUUUGCUGUCGUUGUAAUGUGGCGAGAAUUAUUGUAUCGUUUGACUUGUAUUACGCAUGUAAAUAAAAUUGUUCAUAAAAAUUUCGUUUCACAUUUUGUUCGCACAUUUUACGAUAUGUAUCUCAUUGAACGACUCGAUUAUUGUUGAAAGUUUGUGUUCAUUGAGGCAUCCAGAAGAAGAAUUGCGGUAUGAUAGUUCCAGUGUGUGUAUGUAAAUAAACGAUUAAAAAACAAACUUUCAGCUCGAUAUUAGUACGAUUUAAAAUGAAUCAAUAUCGAUGGACCAAGUGAAAAUGUUGCACUCGAUUUUCCUGUGCAGUAGAAAAUUAAAAUAAGUAGAGAUCAAAACCCUUCAAAGAACACGCAAUAAAAAAAAAAAAAAACAAACAUCAACAUAUAUUCUUAGAAAUAUCCAUUUAUAGAUUUAUCUUGAUUCUUUUUUAUCGACGAAUUCAUUGCGAAAUUGUAAUCAAUUGAGAAACGUGAGUAAUGAAGAAAAAGAAAAAGAAUAAAGAACAAUCAAGAGAACCAAUUGUCAACACCAUCAGAAAUGAGAUUAAGACAUACUUCUUUUAUUACAAUAAUAAAUUUGUAGGUAUAUAAAUAUAUAGAGAUAUUCAUAUGGAAUGUAAAAUAAAUAGCAAUAAGACGAAAAACAUGUUAUAUAUAGUACCUGGAUAAGGACAUAUUUAUUGCAUUAAAAAAAAAAUCUGUAACAAAACCUAAGUGAAA